GCUGGUUCGGAUCUUCCGCAUCGAUACACAUAGAGACGAGCGGCACGGCUGCGACCCACCCUCUGGCAACCACUGCUUCCGCCGACAACGACCUGUCCAGCUGCCUGCUGCCCUACGUCCUUCCGACCCUACUCAGCCAGUAAAUCCAUCAGGACUAAUGGCUGGACGUGAUGAUUCAAAUGUGGCAAAAGAAAAAUCAAGCAAUGGAAUAGAUGAGUUGCCAACAUUUAAUGCUGAAAACAUGCAGACCAAUAUGAAAAUCAUUUACUACAGCCGGACAUUCAUGGCCAUCAUUGGUGGUGUAAUUGCUGGAAUUCUGGGAUUAACCAGCUUGAUGGGGUUUAUAUUUUAUUUCCUUAUCAUGGGAAUUGUGUCAGUAGGGCUGAUUGCAAAGGCAAAGUUUUCUGUCUUUGCAUAUUUUGACAGCUGGAACAGGAUCAUUCUUGAUGGAUUCCUUGGGGGACUAUUGUCGUUUGUGCUAUUCUGGACACUUGCGUAUGAUAUUGUGCACAUAUUCUAAGGCCCUUGAAUCCGAAGGAGACCAGUGGUAGCCAGAGACAACUAUCAAAAGCUUGCCCCUAGACAACAUCUUGGAGAGUUGAAGUUUAAAUUUGAAAUUUUUAAGUUCUUGAUUUUGUUGGCAAAUUUAUCAGUUCCAAAAUGUAAGCUGGAUUUAAGAAGUGCUUUUUCUGUUCUGUAUUUCAUAAGGUGUGUAUGCAUAAGAAAGCUUGUAUUUGUUUGGUGCUUAGACAUGUUUACCGUUGGAUCCAAAAUGGACAAUAUAAGGAGCAUAUAUUUUUUUAGAAAUUACUACGAAUCUACCAUCUUUUUUGGUGUAUCUUCACGACUUCACAUUGGCAUCUUUAAAAAUGCCUUCUAUUGUCCCAAAAGAAAUGCCUUCUAUUUUGAAAUAAAAGAGUGGUUCAUGUAA